UUGUUUGAAACCCGUGGCAGGAUGACAUAUCAGUUGAUCUGAAACAAAACGAUGUUUUGAUCAUCAGCCUCCGCGUGGCUUCCUGGACCCUCCCGCACGACAUUUGAGUCUUCGAUAUAUGUAUAAAUAAAGCUUCACUGUGACCCGACGCUUCGAUUACGAUUGCGUUCCCAUUUUUUUUAACGACCGUCUGUUCCCUAUAAGCUGUUCAAUCGAGCUCAUACCCACAAGCUCUGCCAUUUUCACACCACCAUGGCGAAAUCCGCAAGACGGUCUGGCAAGGGUAAAGCCCCUGCUGCGUCUCCAGCAUCGGCCUCUGGAACCUCGACUCCCAGCUCUCAAACCGGCCCUCUUCCCCCGUUCACACCGGCACCAGAAUGUCUCACUCCGUUCCUCAAGCUCCUAUCACCCGAAGAAGUAUACCUCAUCCACAUCGACCGCUCGGACCUCGACCUCAAAAAGCAAACCUUUAUAAUCCCCGCUGUAACGAACAUUCUAAUCAUUGCACUCAUUGCUCUCCGAGUCUACAUGGGUCGUACCAUGUAUCCUGCCCUCUUCGCAACUGUAGUCGGUCUCGCAAGCCCAGUGAAUGAUACCGCAUCGUUAAGCUGGACCGAACUCGCCUCCGUCGUUUUCCGCCGUGCGCUCCCAGUCCUGUUCGACUAUCUCCUCGUUGUAACAUUCCUCCCAUGGCCCAUCCGCUUCAUCGCAGGACCCAUCGAAUGGCGUCGCCGCAUCGGCUUUCGCAGCCAAGAAAUUAUCGUCCGCCGCAGCCAGCCAACCGUAUCCCAGAACCUCGAGCGCAACCGUUGGAUCCGUGAGGACGAAGAAAUGCGCGACAAGAUCGUCGCUGCCGUAACGCCCGACCGGCUUCUCAAAACGGGCUACCUUCUCGUUGACGCAGAUUGGGGACUCGACUACCCGGCCAUGGUCAAAGCGCACGAGCUCGUCGGUGCUAGUAGCAGCACACCCAAGGGCUCAGACGCCUCUUCACAUCUCCCACUUGACGAAUUCCGCACCGCCGUGCUGGUCAACACCGACAGCGACGGGUGGAUAAUCUGGCACGUCGGCGACGAAAACACCGAAGAAGGACGUACACGCUCCAAGCAGCGCGAUCAGAUCCUGGACUUCAAGGAGAAGCUCACGGAAAUGGGUCACGAAGCGCUUUUCUUCAGGUGGGUCGAGCUUAUCCAGUAUGAGAGUACGCAACCGGGCGGGUUCACCGCGGAAAGGCAAGCUAGUGCCAUGGUCCAGGCGAAGCAGCUGUUUGAAGAUGCCGGUGUUGACUUCAACGGAUUCUGGCAGGAAGUCGGGGGGAUGGAAGGGUUUGGGGAAGAUGCCGAUGAAGAGGUUGAUGUAGAUAAGUUUGCGGAGCAGUUGGACUAACGCCUUCGUGGGAACUUAUACUGUCUAUAUGCUUUGCAAGGCGAUUAUUCCUGCUCUUUUCUGUCCGUUUCUCUAUUAUUUGGUGUUUAUUUAGGCUACGGUGUUUUAUGGAUGGGCUCUGGACCGGUAUAUAGAAGGGGUCUUGGUGUAAUUCGUUAUUCUCAAUUUAAUACUGACAUUGUAAACCAAACUCGCACGUUAUCAAAUCCGUUCUCGGCAACAAAAUAUAAAAAGACUACUAUAGAAAGGAGAACCAACGAACAUCGCAAAUAACGAAAAGGGUAUCAUUUGGACACGGGAACCAAGAGAAGAUCAAGCGGGAUAUGCCAUGCCGGUGUCCUUUAUAUGACCUAACAACCAUGACAUUGUAAUACGUGACAUUU